AUGGACACCCUACUGACAGCGGACAUUGUGGUCAACUCUCCCCGAUUUCGGCGGAAGUCAUCCACCUUCGUUGAUGCGAUCCACGAUCUACCGGAAAAGGCAGAUCUAGCCCCGGCCCAGCUGUAUAGUACGGAGUCGGGCCGUCUAUUCCAUUCCGGUCGGAUCGUCAUCAUCACCGUGGGCCUACCAGCGCGGGGGAAGACGUUCGUCUCACCAGCUCAGUAUGGAAUCAUGAAUCGAGCUAACUCAGAUGGUUCCGAUUUAGACAUAUCUCGGUUGCCCUCGCGCGCUAUCUCCGAUGCAUCGGCUUCCUCGGUUCUUUUACGACAGAAGAUAGUAAAGAGAUGUCGUGAAGACAUCUACCAGUUCUUGAACGAGGAAAAUGGCCAGAUCGCCAUUUAUGAUGCCGUCAAUCCUCUAGCAUCCGGGAGAAGGUCUCUUGCCAAGGAAUUCGCUAAACAUGAUAUUGAAACGCUCUUUAUUGAAUCGUGGUGCGAUGAUGAACGCAUUAUCGAGGAGAAUGUUCGUCGAGUGAAAAUCUCUUCACCAGAUAUGAUCAACGCAGGGGAGAGAUUGAUUGUGAACAACCGGAGCUUCGGUUACUUGUCCCACCGGAUUGUGUUUUAUCUCCUCAACCUCCACAUCAAAGAUAGACACACUUAUUUUGCACGCGCUGGCGUUUCUCUGGAAGCAGACUCCUACAAAGCAGACGCGUCGUUGUCUGAGAAAGGGGAGCAUUAUGCUAAGAAGAUGACCGAGUGCCUGCUAAAGCAUAGGGAGUCUGAGAAACAGGCUAUGAUUGAUCAAGGUGAGACUGAUUACGAGUUGAAGCCUUUGACCGUUUGGACGUCUACAAGGCGCAGAACAAUCGAGACCGCCAAGUACCUCUAUGAGUCAGGCUAUAAGGUACGGCAACGGUCACAGCUUAGCCAGCUCAACCCUGGCGUCUGCGAGAAAAUGUCAGAGAAGAGAAUCCGGGAAGAAUACCCGGAGGAGGUGGCAAAGCACGAACUUGAUCCCUAUCACCAUAGGUAUCCCCGUGCAGAAUCAUAUCACGAUCUCGCCGUGCGUCUGGAGCCCAUCAUCCUGGAACUUGAGCGCGAGCAGAAUGAUCUUCUCAUAAUUGCCCAUGAAAGCGUCUUGAGAGUUCUAUAUGGCUAUCUGAUGGCAUGCAAUGCCGCGGAUAUCCCAUUCUUAGAGUUCCCGCGCGACGAGAUCAUCGAGAUCAUUCCCGAGAGUUAUCAAAAUGAGGCACGCCGCAUCCAUAUUGACGAUCUGCCGGAUGAGAUCAUCCCGGGGUCACCUCAGGACAUCAAAAUCCCCGUGCCCCCUAGUGGAGUGAAUACUCCUUUGAUGGGAGGCCUAGGUAGCCCGAAAGAAGGGUUUUCGACUCCUCAAAGUGGUCUCCGGACCCCUCGCGAACCCGAGAGAAUUUCGCAGCAGCACGUGGAAGAUGUCGUUUAG